AUGCCGUUGAACAAAUCGUCGCCGAGCUUUGGGUGGCGAAUGCUGCGGCUCGCGUCUCCCCAAUGCGGCCUCUUGGCAUUAAGGCCACGUUCAACAGCCGGCCAGGUCCGGCGGACGAUUGCUACACGGGCCACGUCGGCAGCGAACCUGAAUGACGGUGCCCUGCCUCCUUCUGUUGAUCGCUUCACUGCGGGUGCAGCAACGACUGAGGUGCAGAGGCCCGAGCGGGAGCCCGGCCGUCGGCGGCGAAAGGAUCAGCUGAAAAAUGCUCGACCGUUUUCCGAAUUCCUGACCGAUGGCUUUCAGCGCCAGCACGACUACCUGCGCAUAUCGCUGACGGAGCGGUGCAAUCUGCGGUGUCUCUACUGCAUGCCCGAGGAGGGUGUGGAGCUGUCGCCGGAACGGAACCUGCUGACGACGCCUGAGAUUGUGCUGCUUGCCAAUGUGUUUGUGGCGCAGGGCGUCAACAAGAUCCGUCUCACGGGCGGCGAGCCGACGGUGCGGCGGGACAUCUUGCCGCUGAUGCGUCAGCUCGGCGCGCUGCAGCGCCUCGGCCUGCGGGAGCUGUGCCUGACGACAAACGGGCUGGCGCUGCACCGCAAGCUUGAGGCCAUGGUCGAGGCUGGUUUGACGGGCGUCAACCUGAGCCUGGACACGCUCGAUCCGAUGCAGUUCCGGUUGAUGACGCGACGCGACGGGUUCUCGGCGGUGCAGCGGAGCAUGGAUCGGAUUCUGGAGCUCAACAAGGCGGGCGCGGGGAUCCGUCUCAAAAUCAACUGUGUCGUGAUGCGCGGGCUGAACGACAACGAGCUGGGCAAAUUUGUGGGGCUGACACGGGACCACGACCUCGAGGUGCGGUUCAUCGAGUACAUGCCGUUUGACGGCAACCGGUGGAGCACGGGCAAGAUGGUCAGCUUCAACGAGAUGCUGGAACGCAUCGGCGCGGACUACCCGACGCUGCAGCGCAUGGUGCCGGACGCACAUCACAACGGACCGCACGAUACGAGUAAGACGUAUGAGGUGCCUGGCUUCGCGGGCCGCGUGGGCUUCAUCACGAGCAUGACGCACAACUUUUGCGGCGGAUGCAACCGACUGCGGAUCACGAGCGACGGGAGCCUUAAAGUGUGUCUCUUUGGCAACGCCGAGGUCUCACUGCGGGAUAUUAUGCGGCAAGCCAACGGUGGGGAGCCCAUCGAUGAGGCGGCCAUGGCCGAGAUGGUGCGGCUUGCUAAAGAGGCCUCGUCCGCCGCUACGGCACAAGAACCCAACGUGGACAUUCAGCUGAGCGAUGUCUUACCAAACGCCUCUGAGCUGCUCGAUGUGAUUGGCAUGGCAGUGAAGCGCAAGAAGGAGCGCCACGCGGGCAUCGGCGAGCUAGAGCACAUGAAGAACCGGCCGAUGAUCUUGAUAGCUUCGCUGGUAGCAUGCUCAAUAUCUCAGAGAAAGGUGUAUUACUCUACGACUGGCCGACUCGGCCAGAAAAACGACGGCAAGAGCGGAGGCCGGACGGCAUCUCAACACCCGGUCGAGGAAGAACCCCGUCUGACCCACGUCUCGGCAUCGGGGACGGCACACAUGGUUCCCGUGGGCGAGAAAGCCGUGACGUCACGGACGGCAGAGGCGGCCUGUACGGUACGGUUCUCAAGUCCUGUUGCAGCGGCCCUGGUUCGAGCCAACGAUAUGGCCAAGGGUGAUGUGCUCGGCGUGGCACGGAUCGCUGGCAUCAUGGCGGCUAAGCGGACGGCUGACCUUAUUCCGCUGUGCCACCCACUAGCUCUAUCGCAUGUUGCAGUCGACCUGGCCGUUUCUGGGGCCCAUAAUAACAACGACAACGACAACGACAGCAACGACAACAACGAUGACUACGGGCACGUGGAUAUACGCACUACCGUGCGGUGUGAAGGCAAGACGGGUGUGGAGAUGGAGGCUCUGACGGCCGCUUCGGUGGCGGCCCUGACAGUGUUCGAUAUGUGCAAGGCGGUGGACAAGGGCAUGCGCAUCGACGGCCUGCGCGUGGUGUUCAAAGAUGGCGGGAAAAGUGGCCGUUGGGAGGAGAAGGUUGCCCAAGAGACAAAAGAACGGUGA